AUGGCAGGAGACAUAAGUAAGAUGUAUAAUUCUGUGCUCAUUUCGGAGCUGGACCAGAUGACGCACAGGUUCCUAUGGAGGGAUAUGAACCCUAACAGAGAACCAGACCACUAUUGUUUGCAAACAGUGACCUUCGGAGACAGACCAAGUGGCAUAAUUUCCAUAACAGCGCUACACAUGACAGCGAAAAUGUUCAAAAAUAAAUAUCCUGAAACAUCCGACAUGAUCAUUAAUGAUUCCUAUGUCGAUGACAUUCUCCAUUCAUGUGAGACCAUCUCAGAAACCUAUAGCAAAAUAAAUGCCACAGAUGAAAUCCUUAAGGAGGGAGGAUUUCAAAUAAAGCAAUGGGUGAUUUCGGGCCACCAUGACAUGACAGAGGAUGUGAAAGUAAUUGAUACCGAGGUCGAGAAAGUGCUGGGCAUGAUAUGGGAGCCAAAGGAGGAUCAGUUUUCCUUCAAAGUAAGAAUCAACUUCUCAAAAAGGUGCAAGAAUGUCCGCCCUGGGCCUGAUCUCACAGCAGAUGAAAUAACACACAAACUGCCGAGCAGUUUGACAAAAAGAAUGGUUCUGAGUCAAGUGGCUUCACUAUAUGACCCUCUGGGCUUACUGACACCUUUCACAGUCCAGUGCAAACUACUACUGAGAAAACUCAUCACUUUGAAACGGGAACAAGACGGAGUGGAGCAAACGCUGGGUUGGGACGAUCCAAUUCCUGAUGAUGUGUAUGGGGAAUGGGUGUGCUUAUUUAAAAACAUGUUUGCACUAGAGAAAAUAAAAUUCCAGAGAUGCAUUAAACCGGAUUCAGCAAUCGGUAAACCUACGCUUGUUGUGUACGCGGAUGCUAGUAAUAUUGCUUACUCAGCUUGUGCAUAUGUUCAUUUUCAAUUACAGGAUGGCACACACUCGGCCCAGUUACUUGCAGCCAAAAGUAGAAUAGCUCCCCUACGACAAAUGACUAUUCCAAGGCUUGAACUCUGCGCAGCCGUGCUGGCUUCUAGGUUACGUAAGACAAUCGAGAAGGAGUCAAGGUUUGUAGUUGAACGAGUGUUCCAUUUAGUUGACUCACAGAUCGUGCGAUCACAGAUACAGAAAGAAUCUCAUGGAUUUGAAACAUUCGUGGCCACAAGAAUCGCAGAGAUCCAAACGCAUACAGACCCCAGUGAAUGGUGGUGGGUGGCUUCAGAUGAUAACGCUGCCGACUGCGCCACACGUCCCCAGCAUCCUCUGAGUUUGAGGUCCGAUUCUGUAUGGCAGAAGGGACCAGAGUAUUUGACUCUUCCUGUCGAAGAAUGGCCAAUCAGUCAACCCUAUGUGCGAGGGCUUCCUGAUAGGAAUGGCACAUCACUUUCAUGUAAGACUGAGAGUAAUCAGAACACUAAACAAUCCCUAAUAGACAUUGAAAGUUUCAGUUCUUAUGAGAAAAUGAUCAACACUACUGCAAUCGUCUUGUCCAUCUGCAAGAAGAAAACUUUCCACAACAUACUGCAGAACAUUACAUCUGAGAACCUAAGGGAAGCAGAACAUUACUGGGUGAAAAUGGUGCAGAAGGAGUUCAUAGACUGGGAAAGAAGAUUCGCAAGGCUAGGACCUAGUAAAGAUGAAAAUGGGAUAAUUGUAGUCGGAGAAAGGAUUAGCCAGUGGCUAAAGGACAGUUGGAAUCAGAAUCAGUUUAUACUGCUCUCGAGAAAACAUCCUUUCACUAGACUAUAUAUCCAUCAUCUCCACAACCUCGAUCAUGGUGGCGUGGACAUGACUUUGGCAAAGCUGCAAGUAAAAUUUUGGGUUCCAGGAGCACGCAGGGUAAUAAAGUCAGUAAAGGAGAAAUGUGUUAUCUGCAAGAAGACUGACAAAGUAAGGAUGGAACAACAAAUGGGACAGCUCCCAGAGCAGCGUUUAAAACCUGCGCCUGCUUUCUUCAACACCUCGCUGGACUUAUUUGGCCCGAUGAUGAUAAGAGAUACUGUUAAACGUAGAGUAAGAUCAAAGGUGUAUGGCGUGAUAUUUACUUGUCUCACUAGUCGUGCUGCAUACAUUGACCUGGCGGAGGGAUAUGAUACUGACAGUUUUCUAAGUACGUUCCGGCGAUUUGUUUCAGUACGAGGAUAUCCUCACACAAUCCACUCUGACAUGGGAACGCAGUUAACAUCUGCCAGUAAGGAAAUUAGGGAUAUGACUUCCAGAUGGAAUGUCACUGAGAUAUCAAAGUUUGGCUCACAUCAGGGAACAGCAUGGUCUUUCAACAAAUCAGCAGACGCACCAUGGCAGAAUGGAGUGUGUGAGGCUCUCGUUAAGUCAGUGAAGCGACUAUUGGUCAUUGCCAUUGGAGAAAAUGUGUUGAGUUUUGGUGAGCUGCAGACAGUGGUAUUUGAAGUAGCAAACUUGUUGAACGAACGGCCAAUAGGACUCAAACCGGGUUAUGAUAUAAACUUGGGUACUUACUUAUGUCCUAAUGACUUGCUGCUUGGUCGCGCUAGUAACAAAGUACCAAAUGGACCUAUGGUUGAUACUACUGAUGUGAGAAAAAGAUUCAGUCUUAUUCAGAGUAUUAUAACAUCGUUCUGGAGGCGAUGGAUGAGGAUUACUUCCCACAUUAACAGUUAG